AUGCAAAAUAUUGAUUUGGGAGGUGGGCUUGUGGAGACUGAUGCUCCAAAAUUUAAGGUUUGCAAGGGUAAGGGUACCACUACUGUUACCCUUGAUUUUGAUGAUUCUAAUGAUGAUGUAUUUGAUGAAGAGGUUGAAAACGCCUGGGCUUCUCGUCUUACUGAGUCUACCAUUGAUGUGAACACUGGUGAGAAAGUUGCAUGUCAACUUGAAAAGGGUGUUUCCACAGAUGAUUUUUUUCCUGAUCCCUCAUCUAAGGAGACAACUGUUGAUAUUGGGAAAAUGAAGGAUGUGGCUCAGGAGCCUGCUACUCCUGCAGAAGCCUUGGAAACAAUUCCUGGUGGAGUUGACUUUGAGGCAUAUAUGAGAUGCAUGGAGUACUGCCAAGCUCAAGGUGUGAAUUUAGACACUUUUAAAUUUGUAGGGAUUAUCUUGGACAAACUUCACAUUAUGCCAAGGAAGUUAGAGCUAAAGUUGUCAAAGUAUAUUAAUGAUGCCUUCAUAGUUCCUGAUGCUGAUGAGGCUCAACUUGCUAGGAAAUCUUCCCUUGAGUUGGCAGAUGCAAGUGUUACCAUGAUUUACAAGAAUGGUCUUUUGCAAAGGAGUGUCCGUAAAUCUCUUGAAGAAGAUGUGAAGAAUGCGGCACUUCAUGAGAAAAGUUUGCUUGAGGAGAUUAAAUCUUUAAAAUCUCAGCUUGCUGCUAAAGAAAAAGAAAGAGUAGAAACAGUUGAAGCUCUACAUAAUAUGGAGUCAAGGUGUAUCUCCGUUGAGGCCAAGCUUGAGACAAAGAUUGAAGAUUUGGAUAAUUUAAAGAAAGAUUUUGAUAAGAUUGUAAAGGAGAAAAAUUAUCUUAAGAAGUUGGUGUUAUGCCAUUGUUAA